AUGUCUAUUGAAACUAAUUGUAAGCAAGGGAGUGGUAAUAAAUAUAAAGAUGUCUCAGAUGCUCUAUACAAUAUUGAGGCUAUUGUUCAACAAGGAGAAGGAUUUAUUUACCAAUGUAUGAAUUUUCUUCAUCAUGGCGAUAAUGCAGAUUUCUUCUUAGGUCUCCGAAGUGAUGAUCAGAAGAUCAUAAUGGAUAACACACUUCCAAUGUGCUUGACAAUUAUCGCAUUGGAAGAGCUAAAGAGACUUCUUACACCAAUUGAGAGAUUGCCUCUAAGCACUCUAUUGCAACAAUUGGGUUGUACUUUAAACAAGUACUGGAAGCAAUGGUUCAUUUGUCUACCGAGAUCAUUAAGACCAUACCAAAGUUUGACCGUGGUGCCAAAAAAAAUAGGUGACAGCACAAAAUAUUGGCCAUAUUUCAAGGAUUGUGUUGGAGCAUUGGAUGGGACUCAUAUAAAUGCAGUUGUAAGCGAUGAUGAUGGUGUGGCACACCGAGGGCGUAAAGGAAAAAAAACAUGGAAUGUUUUGGCUGCUUGUUCCUUUGAUAGGCUUUUCACGUUUAUCAACGUUGGAUUUGAAGGUAGUGUUCAUGAUAUUACUGUAUGGAACCAUUGCUUAACUGUACCAGAAUUUCGAUUUCCCCAUCCACCUCCAGGAAAAUAUUAUCUAGUAGAUUCUGGAUAUCCGAAUACCGUUGGAUAUUUGAGUCCAAUAAAAGAAAAAGAUAUUAGAACCCAUUUGCCUGAAUUUCGAAAUGGUCCACCACCACAAGGCAUGCUUGAACUUUUUAAUUAUUUUCACUCUUCACUUCGAACAACGAUCGAGAGAUGUUUUGGACAAUUAAAAGGUCGAUGGAAAAUAUUGACAAUGAUGCCACAAAUGGACACUAAACAUCAUUGGCAAUUAUGGUUGCUACAUUCACACUUCACAAUUUUAUUCGAUUACAUGAGUUGGAUAUACCCAUUGAUAGUGGUAUAG